AUGAUCCAUAGACCCACAACAUUAAAUCUCUACAUAAUAUGCAACCAGGUUCACAUGUUUUUUUUUAUUGCAAGUGCUACAUGUAAGAAGACCUACGGAGUGCCGGACAACACACGCGCACCUCGUGGAGAAGAAACAAUGGCAUUAUGUACCUCAGAAUACUCCGACAUUUCACCUUUACGUGGUGGCAAUAUUGCUUUUGGUACCAUUGAAGGAAGACCGUCGGCCUACGAAUUCGACAACAGUCCAGAACUGCAGGAAUGGGUAACAGCAACAGAAAUCAUGAUCACUCUUAACAGGAUCAACACCUUUGGUGAUGAGAUUUUCAACGAUCCCCAGGUGCUUCGAUCCUAUUUCUACGCUAUCGCUGAUGUGGCUGUGGGUGCUCGAUGCAAGUGUAACGGACACGCUUCCGAAUGCGUUGCUUCCAGCGGGGUGGACGGAUCCACACGUAGAGUUUGCAAGUGCGAGCACAAUACUGCAGGUCCGGAUUGUAACGAGUGCUUGCCGUUUUAUAAUGACGCACCUUGGGCCAGGGCUACUAACAAGAAUGCCAACGAAUGUAAACAAACUUACGUCAACGUGCACUUUAUGCAUUGUCAGAUACAAAAUAUGAACCCUAAUCAACCAGAAUCGAGAGCAAGAAGAUCAGGCAGAAGUGUCAAGAAGCCAAACAGAUUCCAGUCAUCGAGUGGCAAGACGCGAGAUGAUUAUCUGGAGGAUGAUGAUAGAAUAACAGAUGAUGACCUGGAUAAUGAAUUAAGCGACCCUGAAAAAACUGAAGAACAAAAAAAUGAUGAUAUGAAUACAUCCAUGUUGGACAUGUUUGAUAGUAUUACUGAAGAAGUCAAUAACUUACCAAAAAUAGAACUACCCAAUGAAUUACCUCCUACAACUGAAAGUAAAACAACACAACAAUCAUUUGAUGUUACAAAAAAACAAUUGAAUCCAAAGGAUAAUAUAAAAAACAACUCUGGCCUUUGUAUCCAGCAUAAUGAUUAUGAUCAGUCGAAGACAAAACGUACUACGCCUAAAUACGAUAGUGUCAUAAAAAAUUCAAAAAAUAUACAAAUAAGAUCAAAUGUAAUUCAAGAUUCACCUCUUCCUGUACAUUUAUCCAAAAAUGAUCAACAAAAUGCUGGUAAUUCAGAAUAUCAACAACUUAAUAAUUAUAAUAAUGAAGCGAAAUCUCAACAGACGGAACCUGUACAACCACCAAACAUAGACAAUAAUAAUUUGCAGUAUCAACGUAUUGAAAAUUUAAUAGCGACAAGCUUGAGAAGGAUUGAAGAAAAGCAAGAUGAAAGAAUGGAUCAUCUGGAGAAUAUGUUACGACAAAGAGAACCGAUGGUUGCAAACCCUCCACGACAUAACAACAUUGAAAAUCAAAACCAACGUCCUCCAGGUUUUCCUAUAAAUUCACUCGAUGAGUAUGAUGCUUAUGAAGAAGACGAGUACAAUCAAGAGAUUCAGAAUCAAUUACAAAAUUAUUUAGCUCAAAAAGAAGCGGGCUCAUCCAACUGUAAAUACUCUAUUCGCAAAUUUUACUAUCUGACAUUUUCACCAAAUAUUUUUAAAAAAUUGCAAUGGAGCUCUCACAACUUGAAAAAUCGUCCAGAAAUGCGUGGUUUAUUCGAUUCAAAAAUUUCUAAUGUCUUUUUUGAAGCCAUUCACCAGUGUCAAAAAGAAAAACAAUUAACAUCGGAUGAAUUUAGUAAACACAUGAAGGCAGCUAUAGAAGCAGGCAAGCAAUCGUUACGUGAUAGUCUUAAACAUCAUCAACCGAAUAAUCCAGCGCCCCGAAGAUCAUGUGCCACAACUAUAAAAGCAAAGUAUGGACGUUUUGAUGAAAAUAGAAGAAUACAGGAAAAUAAUGAAGACUAA